AUGGCACAGUUUAAUGCAGAUACAUUUUUGGAGGAAGACCUUACACUUGUUCGCUUGCGUCAGCUGCGUAAAGAUGAUCUGAUAGCGGUUGGACGAAAAAUGUCGCUAGAUCUUUCGGGUUUGAAGACUAAGGCACAGCUAUUUUCUGCUAUUGCGGCCCGCGCGGAAUUGAUGCCUGAAAGUGUGAGUGGUGAUUCUGAUGAUUGUGAUUACAGAACUAAACUUGACAGUGAUGGGGUGCGGCUUGCACUGGCUCAGACUGAACUAGAAGAAAGAAGAGAUAGGCUGAGAGCUGCUGAGCAUGAGAGGGAAAUGGAAAGGAAGCGACUGGAAUUUGAGAUGAUGCGUCAUAGUGAAAUGGUGUCUCAGAGUGGGCAGUCGGGUGAGAGAGAGAAAAGGCCGAUGGAAGCUGGGUUCUCUGCCAGGGUAAAGCUUAUUCCACAGUAUGAUGAGACUGAUUUAGACUCGUUCUUUCUUUUGUUUGAGAGGGUGGCUAGGAAAAUGGAAUGGCCUGAAAGUGACUGGGCUUUGCUCAUUCAGCAAGUCAUUUCAGGCAAGGCACAGUCUGUCGUGUCUGCAUUGAGCUAUGAUCAUGCUUUUGAUUAUUGGAAAAUGAAAGAUGCCAUCCUUCAGGCAUUUGAGCUAGUCCCAGAGGCAUACUGUCAGAUGUUUCGUGAUCUCAAGAGGGAUCCUGCAGAGACUUGUGUUGAGUUUGCACGUCGCAAAGAGGUUGCAUUUGAUAGAUGGAUCCGGUCUCUGAGAAUUGAGAUGACAUAUGAAUCACUGCGUGAGGUUGUUUUAAUUGAUGAGUUCACAACAUGCAUGUCCCGUGAUGUUAAAACAUACAUGAAUGAUCAUGCUGUUGUUAGUGUCAGAAAUGCAGCAAUGUUGGCAGAUGGGUAUGAAUCGUCACAUAGAAGUAGCGCGUCGCAGCUUCAACCUCCUAGUCCGUUAGCGAGUGGUUUUGGUUGGAGUAGGUCCGAGACGUUACAUAAGGACGUGGAGAGGUCAAAGUCACCAAAGAGUAAGUUGAGUGGUGGUAGCCAGUCUAAUGGUGUUAGACCAGAGGGCAGGUUGUUUUGUGCAUACUGUAAGAAGGAUGGGCACCUUAUUUCUCACUGUCAGAAACUAAAGGACAAGUAUACUGGUCAGAAUAAAGUCCAGGCCAGCGGUUUUGUUCGGCCGGCUACGGUUUGUGUGGGAGACCCUGUGUGUGUUGAUGGGGUGAAGCACAAGUUUCAUGAUGGGGUGGAUGAAGGAUACAAGGAAUUUAUUUCUGAUGGCACGGUGAAGUUCACUGUUGAUGGUGAAGAAUUUCCUGUUGUGAUUUUGAGAGAUAUAGGCUCUGUUCAGACGUUAUUAAUUGCUGAUGAGUCAUCCUUGGAAUCUUGUUUCACGGGCAUGAUAGCUCUGAUCCAAGAUGUGAAUGAAGGUUUCAAAUCUGUUCCUCUGUAUGAUGUAGAACUUUGUAGUGGGCUGGUUUCUGGGAGAGUGACAGUUGGCUUUGUUUCUCGAUUGCCUAUAAAGGGAAUCACAAUGCUGCUUGGCAAUGAUUUGGCUGGAGGUAAGGUGCAGCCAUCUACUGUUUUGAGUAACGUGCCGGUAGUGGAUUCCAAGACAGAGGCUUUGAAAACAGCUAUCCCGGGUAUUUUUCCAUCUUGUGCGGUUACCAGGGCACAGGCUAUGGCAGGGCGAGAUGAGAGAGAGGUUGAACAUGGUGGUGACAUAGAUUUAGGGGAUACAGUUUUUAGAGAUCUGAGUGAGAGUAUGAAUAGUCAGUCUGGUGAUGAUAGGACUAUUUUCAGCCAGCCUGCCUUGAUUGCAGCCCAACAGUCAGCUGCGGAUUUGAAAGGUUUGUAUCAUGUUGCUCUGACAGCAGGAGAGACAGAGAAGGUCUCACAGUGUUAUUUCAUUAAGUCUGGUGUGUUGAUGCGGAAAUGGUGUCCUCCUGGUCGCCCAGCUGAUGAAGAUUGGGUGGCCGUGGAUCAGGUUGUUGUCCCGCCCCAGUAUCGAGCAGAGAUUCUAAGGUUAGCUCAUGAUAUUCCCCUUGCUGGACACCUAGGUGUGAGGAAGACAGUGGCCAGGAUUAGGGCCCAUUUCUACUGGCCUGGGCUUAGGAAGUGUGUGUCUGAGUAUUGUAAGUCAUGUCAUGUCUGUCAGGUGGUGGGCAAGCCACAACAUCACAUCAAGUCAGCCCCACUUAUUCCAGUUCCUGUUUUUCCUGAACCAUUUAGCCGUGUAUUGAUAGAUUGUGUUGGCCCAUUGCCAAAAACCAAGGCAGGUUAUCAGUACUUGCUUACUGUCAUGGAUUCAACCACACGCUUUCUAGAAGCUUUUCCGUUGAGGAACAUUAAGGCUAAGACAGUUAUUGAUGCCCUCUUGGUGUUUUUCACACGCUAUGGACUCCCUCAAGACAUCCAGUCGGAUAGGGGUUCUAAUUUCACAUCUAGUGUAUUCCAGGAAGUGAUGCAUCAAUUAGGAAUCAAGCAGGUGAACUCGUCACCUUACCACCCACAGUCGCAGGAUGCCCUUGAGAGGUACCAUCAGACCUUAAAGACAAUGAUCAAGUCUUACUGCUCUGAGAACACUGGAGACUGGGAAAAGGGUAUUCCUUUCCUCUUAUUUGCUUCUCGUGAUACUCCUAAUGAAUCUACAGGAUUCACCCCAUUUGAGCUUGUGUUUGGCCAUGAGCCAAGAGGUCCUCUCAAGGUAAUGAAGGAGCACAUGUUGUCAGAGUCUGAGGUGGAGAGUGGGAAUGUGCUAGAUUAUGUGUCACAAUUUCGCGAAAGACUCUUGAGGGCGUGUGAACUCGCGGGGGAACAUUUGAGGUCGUCUCAAGGUGUAAUGAAGGCCCGUGCAGAUAAGAAGGCAGAACCUCGCUCAUUCAAGCCUGGUAGCAAAGUCCUUGUGUUACUGCCCAUCCAGGGUGAACCUCUCAGAGCUAAGUUCAGUGGGCCAUAUGUGGUAGAGAAGAACUUGGGAUAA